CACGGCAUUGUAAAAGACAGAAUUAUAUUAGGACAUUUCUACAAUGCAGUGUUAAUUUAACCUGCUUAAAAGUUUAUGUCUGCAACCAACACUGUAAAUGUUGUGUAUGAUUCAAUGUUGGUCUUGUCUGUUAUUUCACUAAUCGCUAAAUGCACGUAGGCUACAAGGAAGGACUAUGUGGUCAUUUAAAUUAAUGCAACUGUGGAUUUGUUAGAAUUGCUUAAAAGUCACAUUACAUAACAUAUAGUCCUAAGUGGGGUCGGGAGGUCAGAUUCUCCAUAUUAGAAUUAAACUACACAGGAUAAUAUAGGGUGUAUAUCAAGUUAAAUAAAACGUGUGCUGCAAAUAACUGGCUGAUUUAGCUUAUUUGGGCAUAUUUAGCUCAAACAAGUGGAUUUCAAAUGCUAGAAUUUAGAGAUAAAUAAGUAGUUAACAAAUAUCCCAUUCAAUCUUAAAAAUAAAGGCUAAAUAUAAAUCUUAAAAUUAAAUGCAACAGCUAAAUCUUAAAAGUGCACUAGUAAAAUUUUCCCCAUUAAAAAAAAGUUUUACUCCUAAAGAAAUACAUGGCAAUUUUGAAACGUAUGUAUAAAAUCAUGACCACUCACAUGAGAUAAGGUCAUAUCAGUAACCUUAUAAAAUCUGUUUUAUUGUACAUGGAGAGGGUCCCCUCAUGGGGGGUGCCAUGUUAGAAUCACAUGAGCAAUCGAAUACUACUCUCUUAAGCCUAAAGUAUACCCUGCAGUAUGUGCAUGCGCCUGGAAUUAUUUGCACUAAUUAGUGGGUCCACAAGGUGGCAACACUCACAGUUGAGCCGUUGUUGUCACGAAGAAGCGCUAGAUGAUGUAAUCGCCGCAAACUAAAAUGGAGACAAAGGUGGAAACUACAACAGUGGAUGAGGAUGUCAAGAGCACACGUGUGAGGAGGUCAGGAAAUACCUUCCUUCAUAUAACUCGAGUCUGAAGUUCCUGAGAUAAAGGGACAGAAGUCUCAUUGGAAGGAGUUUAUUGAGGAUAUAAGUGUUUUACAAUGGGUGCUUUCAUUUCUGUUUUUGGGAGUGUCUUGUCUAUUAUUGAUGGUCUACUUGAUGUUCACCUCACUGUGGCCCCUUCCCACUCUCUACUUCACCUGGCAGAUUUACGAUUGGCACACACCUGAGACAGGUGGCAGGCAAACAAAGUUUGUGAGAAGCUGGGAAGUAUGGAGACACUUCAGAGACUACUUCCCUGUGAAGCUGGUGAAGACUGCCGAAUUGAGUCCCAGUAAGAACUAUAUUCUGGGUUGCCACCCCCAUGGUAUCAUGUGUGUGGGAGCAUUCACAUGUUUCAGUACAGACCAUAGUGGAUUCGCCAAGACCUUUCCUGAAGUGCGCCCCACUCUUGCAAUCUUGGCCGGACUUUUCCACCUUCCCCUCUUCAGAGAAUAUAUUAUGUGUGCAGGUCUGUUGCCUGUCAGUAAGAAGAGUUUAGAUUAUGCACUGAGCUGUACUGGUGUGGGUAAUGCUGUGGUCAUCAUUAUUGGUGGGGCAGAGGAAUCUCUUGCCUCAACUCCUGGAGUAAACACCGUAGUCAUGAGACAGAGGAAAGGCUUUGUACGAUUGGCCCUUAAACAUGGGGCUGACCUGGUUCCUGUGUACUCUUUUGGUGAGAAUGAGCUGUUCCCGCAGGUGGUUCUAUCUGAGGGCAGUGUGGGCCGACGACUCCAGGCACUUUUUAAGCAGGUUAUGGGUUUUGCUCCAUGUCUCUUCACUGGGGGACGCUGGCUGCUCCUGCCCUACAGAAGUCCUGUCACCACAGUGGUAGGCCAACCCAUUACUGUGCCGGUGGUUCGCAGUCCAUCUCAGGAACAGGUGGAUUAUUACCACAACGUGUACAUGGAGGCGCUGUCUAAACUUUUCCACACUCAUAAGACCAGCUGCGGACUGGCUGACACACACGAGCUACGCAUCAUCUAGAAAUAUUGGGGCCACACAUACUUACAGAUACAGAAACACAUGCUCAGGGUUCUGCCUGAGAUAGUUAAUUUGGGAGGAUACUUAUUUCUAUGAUGUUUCUGUGUGAAUGUUUUUAGCUUUUUUGGUUCUUCAAGUAAUGUUCAAAGCACAGUAUGGGCCAAGGCCACUGCAUAAAAAUGUAUGAUUGUAAUUUGGGUUCUAAACCAGAAUGAAGCUCUAUUUAUAUGAAUCUACAUCUGUGCCCUUUAGCACAAAAACACUUAAGUCAUCCAGGAUGAAAGCAAAAACAUUUGCUGACCUCUAUCAGAGUCCUGUUCUGAAGUUCUUCCUGCUGAAGUACUGUAAAACUUGAUAUGUUAGUGCUAAUUGUGAAGAUAAAUGAGUGUGCCUUUCCAGUUCAGAUUUAUUUUAAUAUAAGUAUGGAUGAUAAUGUCUUUUCUUUAAAAUGUUUUAGAGUAAUAAUUCUGUGGCAUUUAUGUGCCAUGUCUUAAAAGUGGGCUAACUCUAAUUAACACAAUGGGCCAGAAUUGACAAAAGGAUAUCACUUCUAAGCAUUUAUUUGAUUCAGACAUUUUACAAAAAGGUAUAAACAUAUAUGUACAGAUUUAUAUUACAAAAUUAAGAAAAUUAAAUGAACUGUAAAAAUAAAAAUCACAAAAAUGUUUACAAAAAGCA